AUGGGGCUUCUUGAACGCCGCAAGGCAAUCGAGGAGGAGAUUUUCAGGACGCAGAAGAACAAAAAAACGGAGUACCAUAUAGGUCGUCUCAAGGGGCAGCUGGCCCGCAUCAAGACCGAAAUGUUGGAGAACGCCUCGAGGGCUGCUGGGGCCCGUGGAGGCGAUGGUUUUGAGGUACGGAAAAGUGGUGAUGUGCGCUGCGCCCUCGUAGGAUUUCCUUCUGUUGGGAAGUCCUCCUUUCUUUCUCGUGUAACAGCGACAACGAGUGAGGCGGCCGGGUAUGAGUUUACCACGCUAACUUGUAUUCCAGGGAAGCUGGUUUACAAGGGCACAGAAAUUCAGAUUUUAGACUUGCCAGGUAUCAUUGAAGGUGCAGCGGAAGGUAAAGGACGUGGAAGACAAGUUAUUGCCACGGCUCGAACGGCUGAUAUUAUUAUUUUGAUGUUGGAUGCAGCUAAAGCAGAGGCUCAACGAAGCAAGAUUGAGGCAGAGCUGGAGACCGUGGGUAUUCGCCUAAAUCAAAGAUUUCCCAAUGUGACAUUCAAAAAGAAACCCUCGUGUAGUAUGAACGCCAUAAGCUUUACCUCCACUGUGAAGUUAACGCAGGGUAUGUCUGAAGCCUUGGCAAAGGAAAUAUUGAAAGACUAUGGAAUCCAUAAUGCAGAAGUGGUUAUACGGGAAGACAUUACAAUUGAUCAGUUUAUUGACAUUAUUGAGGGAAAUCGACGGUAUAUGCCUUGCCUCUACGUUUACAAUAAAAUAGACACCAUUACAAUGGAGGAGAUGGAUCGACUAAGCCGAUUACCACAUGCAGUAGUGCUUUCGCUGCAGUGGGAUCUCAACGUGGAGGAAGUGAUUGAAGAAAUUUGGGAGCAUCUUAAUAUUAUUCGCAUCUACACAAAAAAACACGGUGCCCAUCCAGACUUCACGAAGCCCUUCGUGGUGAAGCGUAAUGCAGACGUUGAGCAUAUCUGUAAGCGGAUACAUAAGGAUAUCGUGUCGCGAUUUAAGUACGCUCUGGUGUGGGGAACUAGUACCAAGCAUCAGCCACAACGAGUUGGUAUAGGACAUCAUUUGGAAGAUGAAGAUGUUCUUCAAAUUAUGCUAAAAACGUCUAACGAGUAG